GCCCGACUUACAGGCUCCCGGGGCGGUGGCGGCAGGCGCUGAGCCUGCGGAGCGCGGAGCGGGCGACGGUGACGGGUGGCGCGAGCCCGCACCCUCCCGCGCGGCGCGCCGGGACACCAUGGAGCCCGCCGUGUCGCUGGCCGUGUGCGCGCUGCUCUUUCUGCUCUGGGUGCGAGUGAAGGGGUUGGAGUUCGUUCUCAUCCACCAGCGCUGGGUGUUCGUGUGCCUCUUCCUGCUGCCGCUCUCGCUCAUCUUCGACAUCUACUACUACGUGCGCGCCUGGGUGGUGUUCAAGCUGAGCAGUGCGCCCCGCCUGCACGAGCAGCGCGUGCGGGACAUCCAGAAACAGGUUCGGGAAUGGAAGGAACAGGGCAGUAAGACCUUCAUGUGCACGGGACGUCCGGGCUGGCUCACGGUCUCACUGCGAGUUGGAAAGUACAAGAAGACUCAUAAGAACAUCAUGAUCAACCUGAUGGACAUCCUGGAGGUGGACACCAAGAAACAGAUUGUACGAGUGGAGCCCUUGGUGUCUAUGGGUCAAGUGACAGCUUUGCUGAACUCCAUUGGCUGGACCCUGCCUGUGUUACCUGAGCUUGACGACCUCACAGUGGGGGGCCUAAUCAUGGGCACAGGCAUCGAGUCAUCGUCCCACAAGUAUGGCCUGUUCCAACACAUCUGCACUGCCUACGAGCUGAUCCUGGCGGACGGCAGCUUUGUGCGCUGCACACCGUCUGAAAACUCAGACCUGUUCUAUGCCGUACCCUGGUCCUGUGGGACCCUGGGCUUCCUGGUGGCUGCUGAGAUCCGCAUCAUCCCUGCCAAGAAGUACAUCAAGCUGCGGUUUGAGCCAGUGCGGGGCCUGGAGGCCAUCUGUGAAAAAUUCACCCAUGAGUCCCAGCGGCUGGAGAACCACUUCGUGGAAGGGUUGCUGUACUCCCUAGAUGAGGCUGUCAUCAUGACAGGGGUCAUGACGGAUGACGUAGAGCCCAGCAAGCUGAAUAGCAUUGGCAAUUACUACAAGCCGUGGUUCUUCAAGCAUGUGGAGAACUACCUGAAGACAAACCGAGAGGGCCUGGAGUACAUUCCCCUGAGGCACUAUUACCACCGACACACGCGCAGCAUCUUCUGGGAGCUCCAGGACAUCAUCCCUUUUGGCAACAACCCCAUCUUCCGCUACCUCUUUGGCUGGAUGGUGCCUCCCAAGAUCUCCCUCCUGAAGCUCACCCAGGGCGAGACUCUGCGCAAACUGUAUGAGCAGCACCACGUGGUUCAGGACAUGCUGGUGCCCAUGAAAUGCCUGCCUCAGGCCCUGCGCACCUUCCAAAAUGACAUCCACGUCUACCCCAUCUGGCUGUGCCCGUUCAUCCUGCCCAGCCAGCCGGGACUUGUGCAUCCCAAGGGAGACGAGGCUGAGCUCUACGUGGACAUCGGGGCAUACGGGGAGCCGCGCGUGAAGCACUUCGAGGCCAGGUCCUGCAUGAGGCAGCUGGAGAAAUUUGUGCGCAGUGUGCACGGGUUCCAGAUGUUAUACGCCGAUUGCUAUAUGAACCGCGAGGAAUUCUGGGAGAUGUUCGAUGGCUCCUUGUACCACAAGCUGCGAAAGCAGCUUGGCUGCCAGGACGCCUUCCCUGAGGUGUACGACAAGAUCUGCAAGGCCGCCAGGCACUGAGCAGGGCACCAGGGAGCCAGAUGCUUGGGAAGGGACUCGCUCGCUCGCUCGCACCAGCUUCUUUGCUUUCCCAGAUUUCAGAAAGAAACCCCUCCAAAUCCCCGAGGCAGCCCGGCGGCCUCCAGGGCAGCUCCGGCAAGCAGAAGCACGUGGGAGUUGGAGUCUGACAGACCUAAGUCCCAGUCCCAGGUUAGCCACUUACUAGCUGUGUGACUGACUCUGGGCUAGUCACCUGACCCCUGUGUGCCCCGCGUUCAUCUGUGAAAGGAGGUAGAAAUCCCUACCUACUCGAUGUCACCCACACAAAGGGCCUGUCGCGUGGGAGGGGCUGCGUAAGUGGGAGCUAGCACCGCUGCUUCCGUGCAACCUCACACCUGGCUCGUGCUGUGGAUUCCACAGCUGAGUCCAGACAGGCUCCCCACAGGUCACCUCUGCACGGGUUUGGCUGACUCCGUGAAGGGGGUGGAUGCCUUGGAGUUCCGCCUGCAUAGCCUGCAUCAGCCCCAAAAGGGCAAAGGAGGGUCCGCCCUCCACUUGGUCUCAGGGGCAGGAGGGCAUCUGAUUGGCAGGCAGGCUCAGGAUGUGCUGUGCCAAAGCCAGGUCUACUCCAAAGUACUCUCUGCCAUCUUCGGACUGUCCUGCCCCUGCUUCCGUGUGCUCAGGCUACCCCAGCCAUCGCUGAGCCCACUCAGGACUGCUCCUCGAACACAGACAAGAUGGGAGCCUAGCCUUCCUGGGCUUUCCCUUCUUGGCUCCCACCAUCCAGGCCUCCUCUAGCGUCCACUGAGUCACAAUGGGCGCACAUGCUCAUGACUGUGUCACACAGGGGUGGUUCCCACACAGAGUGAGAAAGGGGCAUCCGCCCUGUUGCUACUGUGAGGACCCCUCCCUGGGGUUGGAAAGAUAGCAUCCAGGGUCACUCAUCCCCCCUCCCCAUUUUGUUCCCCCUCCCCUGGCUCUAGUUAAUUUCAGUGCCUUACAAAUCCUAAGCUCAGAGAAAGCUCCAUUUCCGUUCCGAGGGAGGGGCCUCCGAGGUCCUUCUGCCUUGUUAGUGAAGUGUGGUUGGUUGUACAGGCCCCACCUUCAGAACCGCCUGGCCCAGCUGAAAACCCAGAGUCUGAGGGGGAGGAUCAAGUUCUGGAAGGAAAGCCAGAACUUAAGAGCUGAGCUGGUCACAGGCUCCCCUACCCUGCCACCCCCAAGUCACGUCAGAACAAAGAGCUCCUGAAGCCCUUCUAGUUGGGAGGGCAUAAACGGUCCAGGUGGUGGUUAGGGGCCGUCCAUCAGUGGCCCUCCCUGCCACCACCAGGCCAGCUCCCGGGCCGCUUUCGUUUAUCUGGACCCUUAGAGUCAUAUUUUAGCUGAAGGAUGCUCACUGAUGCCACUGAGGACUUGGGAUACUGCACAGUGCCACCGUGUCCUAUGAAGGCCGGUGCACCAGGGCGGUGGGAAGGCAGAACCACCUCAUCCAUUUGGCCUGAGAAGGACAUCACCUCACUUUGCUGUCUGGGCAGCAUGCGUUCCUGGCAUGGGCUCUCCUAGUGGUCCGUGUGCAUCCCGCGCUCGCUCGCAGACUGAUGACCCUGCUUGCUGCAGAUGAAUGGUCCAUGCGAGCUAGUUUAGUUAGUGUGAUAUAAGGCGCCGUCACCCUCCAGUCAAGCCUCCAUCCCAAAGCAACCAGGGCUGUGGCAGUGAUGCCAGCAACCCGUGUCACCCAAAAUAACCAAAAUCCAGCCCUCCACAGACACGCCCCAGGACCUGGGGAGGGAAGGGAUUUUGUGUCACAUUAGCCUCAAGUUAGCGUUUGGCUCCACUAGUUAUCUUGCCCGAAAAGUGGUCGUCUUCCAAGCCUGGUGUUCGGGGUCCCAGCCUUGUCUUACAGCCUGUCCUGUCAUUGUCCAACCACACAGUGGCUUGGCGGAGUCACUUUGCUGCUAUGGGACAGGGGGUGCGGGAAGCCAACGCAGGCCUCUUCCCCUCCAUGGCUCUGGUUUCUUGGCUGCAUGGUUCUCUGUAAAUUCAGUUGUGGCCAAUGUGGCUAGAAAGCUGAAUUGACUGUUACUGAAAGGGAACGGGGAUGGGUGUGGCUGUGUGACGUGUGAUUUUUUUUUUUUAAUUUGGUCAUGGGGACCGAGGAGAAGGCAUGAAUCCCCCUGUGCAGCCUCAGGCACUGUGCCUACUCUCUGGAACAAGUCCCCGUGGCUCUGGGGCCACCACUUCUGUAAAAUAAAGUAUGGCCUGGA